UAUAUACAUAUGGAGAACGUAGUAUCGAAAGAACUUGACUAUACACCUUUGCUAGUUGCAGAACCAGAGUACGAAUACACAAGACUGUUUCCUCAGUCAGGAACAACUCAAACAACUGUCUAUGCAGGUGGCAAUGAUACAAUCUUUGAGAUUCCACCUUCCAAAGCAUACAACUUGUCUAGAUCAUUCUUUAGGUUCAUAUUCAACUUACCUGGUAUAGCUAACAAGAAUCAGUUGAUGUUUGCUGACUUUUGUCCAUUCUUUAGACAGAUUCAGGUGUUCACAAGAGGAGGACUGUAUCUGAUGGAUCAUACCAACUUCCAUUUGCACGCAAAGAUGGUUACAAUGAGGAACAAACCAUUGGUUGAAACAGAGAAUACAUUUGCCAGUUACACUGCAGGUGAUGAUCAAUACAUUAUACCGUGUGUGUCAUCACAAUCGCCAAUUGCUUAUCGAGUGACAAUACCAUUCAAUGAACUUUACGAGUCUGUUCUUUCAGUUGACAAAGACAUUAUGUUGAAUGAGACACUAUUGGUUAGAUUCGUUUGGUCUGAGUUGUCCAACAUUGCUUUCGCUGCUGAUCCACCUGGAGCUCUUCCAGAUCCAUCACCAGCCAUUCAACCUAACCCAUUCCCCAAUCCAACAACAGGUCCAGCUCCCAUCCCAGCACCAGCAAAUUUCAAUAUUACUGAUAUGGCUAUCUACCUUGCUGUUGAGAAGAACUUGGCAAUUGUAAAUGAAUUACAAUCAAAGAUUCAAAGUCCAGAAGGAUUUUCAUUUAUGAUUCCAUACUGUUAUUCUUACCAAGCAUCUUUAACUGGACAAAAUCAAUCAGUAACCCUGCGUGUAAAUAGGCAGAAUGGAAUGACAUUGGAAAGGAUCUAUCACAGUCUAUUCCUUACAGCAACGGCUAUCAACACUGCAAUUUACAACAACAACUGGCGUGCAACCAAUCUUGACCACUAUUACACUAACCUCAAUAACAACAGGCUAAUGCAAUAUGACUACUAUUUGUUGCCAAAUGAUGAUUACAUGGCUUUACGAUGGAUCCUCAAGGAUUCUACAAUAUUAAAUCCACAAAUUAGUAAAAGGAACUGGUGUUGGAUUGAGGAGUUUGGUGAUGGAACUUCUAACUUUAAUAAGGACAAUGCAAUCACUGGUAUUGAUCUGAACCUUGGAGAACAGAAGUGGGACUUUGUUGGAUUCCUCAGUGCAGCAACCAAUUUGACACAUCAGAGUACAGUUGUUUGUAAACGUAAGAUGGUUAUUACUCCCAAUGGUAUUGUCCUU